GUGUCUUGCUGUGGCACUUGAGACUACUGUCGUAGUACACAUGCAUACCUAGGUAGGUUGGUACGUUCAAUGUUAUCUUUUUUCCUAGGUAAGAUAAGUAAGGCACCUUCAUUCCGGUGUCCUAGUGCGCGGGCCAAUCCAUGUGUACUUCCAGCCGUAUAUCGUAUCGACGACAUGGACGGACUGUGCUGCGUGCGAGAGUGAAUGCAUGCGUCCAGUCCGCAACCCUGGUGUUCAGGGGUAAAUGGGGUCCAAAACGGUGCAUGCUUGCCAAGGUGUUGUAUUGACCAAAAAGGGGAGCUCUGCCAAAACGGAAACCAUGACUGCCAACAUGCUGUUGGCAGCUUCAGCUAUGUAAGUUGGCUCCCUCCAUGUUUGUUGGUUGUCAGACUGGAGACAAUGACGGCCUGGAAAAACUCGCUACUCAGCGUUCACGGCUGCACAUAGCUUAUACUGUUCGAUCGUGCUCCCAAGGUUCGCAUUGCCAUCAAUCCCAACGGGCCACCAUCAUGCUUCAGUACCUGCUGACCGCCGCUUUGGCGUACGUCGUGUGGACGCUCGUUUGUCUGGAGCUCAACGUGCGCAAGGCGCGGGACAUGAAGGUGCCCUAUGUGCGCAUUCCCAUCGACUCCAACAACAUCCCCUGGACCAUUGUCCAGCCUUUGGUCUACAACCUCCUGGAUCGGCUGCCCAUCACGUGGUCGUCUUACCCAGACUUUGUUCGCUAUUCUCGCCGAGGAUGGUCUUUUGCGGACAAGGCCCAGGCAACCGUGCGCCUGGGGCCCGUCUGGGCCCUGGUGACCCCUGUGGGCGUGUAUCUUCACAUUUCCGACCCGGGCGCCAUUCAGGAGAUUCUCACGAGGCGCAAGGACUUUCCUCGGCCGUACAAGGAGCUUCAGCUCCUCGAGGUGUACGGCCCAUGCAUUUCCACAGCCGGGUGGGAAGACUGGCCGCGCCAUCGGAAAGUGCUCGCCUCGCCCUUUAACGAGAGCAUAAUGAAGUUUGUCUGGAGCGAGUCGAUCAGCCAAGCCAGAGCCAUGCUGCGCUACUGGACGAACCUAUCCUCAGCCGGCAUUCCGAGCGUGCAACGGGACAUACGCACCGUCUCGCUCAACGUGCUCGCGGCUAUAGCCUUUCGCAAGUCGUACGACUUUUACGGCUCUUCCGAGCCCUCGGUUGACGAUACAAACAGCUACCGCGAUGCCUUGAUGACCGUCCUCGACGGGGUUAUCCCCCUGCUGUUGAUCCCGUACAAAAUCCUGGCUUCUUCCUGGCUACCAUUGCCAAAGGGGCUGGCAAAACUUGGCAAGGCAGCCGUCGCGUACAAAAAGCACAUGAUGACGAUGCUAGAGGACGAGUUGGCUGCCCUCAACCAAGGCACCCCUGGAUCCGGGGGCGUCAUGACGGCCUUUGUGCGCGCUCUGGACGUGCACAAGCGGGAAACCGCCGUCUCACCACCGCCGGCCAGAGAAGACCGCAAGGGUCUCUCAGUCGACGAGAUCUUGGGCAACCUCUUCGUGCUCAACUUUGCAGGCCACGACACCACGGCCAACACGCUUGCUUUUGCCACCCUUCUUCUGGCGGCCCACCCCGAGGUGCAGGACUGGCUCGCGGAGGAGAUCAAGCUUGUCACGAAGAACAGUACAGAGGAGUGGGAUUACAAAACCAUGUACCCGCAACUCAAGCGCUGCCACGCCGUCUUCCUCGAGACGCUCCGCCUGUACCCACCUGUCAUGAUCAUCCCCAAGACAGUCACCCAACCACAGACACUCGAGGUCGGCAAACGGACGCUCACCAUCCCGCCCCCGACGGGCGUAAGCGUGUGCGCCAUGGCGGUGCAGACCAACCCGGAUUUCUGGGGGCCGGAUCCGCUGGCCUGGAAGCCCGCGCGGUGGAUCAUGAACCCGGCACCGCGUUCAGGUUCGUCGCCGCCUACCGAGGGUCAGCUCGCGGGUGAAGAGCUGCUUGUCCCGGAGAGGAAUACGUUUCUGGCCUGGUCUGAAGGCCCCCAGAGCUGUCCUGGGAGAAAGUUCUCUGAGGUGGAGGCUACGGCGGUUAUUGCGUGUUUGGUUGAGGGGCAUCGAUUGAGUGUGAAGAGGGAGGCUGGGGAGAGUGAUGAAGACGCGAGGAAGCGGGCUGUGGAGUGUGUGAAUGAUGUGAAUAUGGAGAUGCUGCUUAAGAUGGUGGAUGCGGAUAGGGUAAAGCUUGUUUGUAGCAGGGUAGACUGA